AUGCACCAAUCAACGUUCCGAAGAGCCAGAAAGGGGCGGGGUUUGUGAGCUCAGUGCUGCUGCAAACCCACAGUGGAUCCAGGAAAGGUUUUGAAUGAAGUCUGAUGAAGGUCAUUAGGAUUAAUUUUUAUUAAUUAACAUGCUGAAUCAAAGAUCUGGGCUCCUCUUUAUCCUGUUUGCAAGAUGUCAGGGGUAAAUGUUUUAGAUUUGGAGGCAUUUAAAGUGGCAAAGUCUCCCCCAGAAGCCUUUUAUAUUCCUGAUUUCAUCUCAGAAGCAGAGGAGGCUUACCUUCUCCAACAGGUUUAUGGGGCCCCAAAGCCAAAAUGGACCCAGCUGUCCGGACGGAGGCUGCAAAACUGGGGCGGACUCCCGCACCCGAAAGGCAUGGUCCCGGAGGCGCUGCCCACCUGGCUGCAGACCUACGCCGACCGAGUCUCCGCCCUCGGGGUUUUUGGGGGGAAACCGGCCAAUCACGUCCUGGUGAAUGAGUACCGCCCCGGAGAAGGGAUCAUGCCACAUGAAGAUGGGCCUCUCUAUUUCCCGACUGUCACAACCAUCAGCCUGGGAUCCCACACUUUGCUCGACUUCUACCAUCCGGUCAGCAGAGAGCAGCAAGAGGAAGGCAGAGAGGGUUCGGCCCCGCAGACGGAAGAGCAGCGCCACUUCCUGACUUUGCUGCUUCGGCCCCGAAGCCUCUUGGUUUUAAGGGAAGACAUGUAUGUCCGCUACCUUCACGGCAUCCGUCCCAUCACAGAAGACGUUGUCACGGGACACGUGGCCAACACCUGCGGGUUCGAACCCGGAUCCACCCUGCAGCGGGGGACACGCGUGUCGCUCACCAUCCGCCGCGUCCCCAAAGUGCUGAAAACCUCCAUCCUCCUGGGCAGAAGGAAGUGAUCGUUUUGGUUUUGUAGGAUGUGUAAAUAUCUAUCUAUCUAUACACAUAAUAAAAGUGAAAAUUUGUA